CGUUUAAAAUUAAAUGCUUACUGGUAGCCAAUCCGCUGAAGAGGGGGCGGAGCCGCGGAACCAGUUUUAGGCGGUGACAAACAGUUGUCCUUUCUUCCUCAUUCAGUCGUUUACAGCCAGCGUUGUUGAAAGCAGGAGUAAACGCAGCCAUGACGAAGGACCCCAACAAGCCCAGAGGAAAGACCUCUGCCUACGCCUUCUUCGUGGCGACCUGCCGCGAGGAGCACAAGAAGAAGCACCCAGGAACCAGCGUCAACUUCUCCGAGUUCUCCAAGAAGUGCUCAGAGAGAUGGAAGACCAUGUCGGCCAAGGAGAAGGUGAAGUUUGACGAGAUGGCCAAGAACGACAAGGUCCGCUACGACAAGGAGAUGAAGACGUACGUUCCUCCUAAAGGCAUGAAGAAGGUCAAGAAGAAGAAGGACCCCAACGCCCCCAAGAGACCGCCCUCUGCUUUCUUCGUCUUCUGCUCCGACCACCGUCCCCGGAUCAAGGCGGAGAACCCCGGCAUCUCCAUUGGCGACAUCGCCAAGAAGCUCGGCGAGCUGUGGGCCACGCAGGGCGCCAAAGACAAGGCGCCGUACGAGGCCAAGGCCGCCAAGCUGAAGGAGAAAUACGAGAAGGACGUCGCUGCCUACAGAGCCAAGGGGGGCUCAGGGAAGAGCGACGCCGGGAAGAAGAGCGGCCCCGGCCGGCCCCCGGCUAAGAAGGUCAAACCCGUGGAGGAUGACGACGAUGAUGAGGACGAAGAUGACGAGGAGGAGGAAGAGGACGAUGAUGAGGACGAUGAUGAUGAAUAAGUGUGUAAGAUGUGAAGUGACGAAUUGUUCAGCUUAAGUUUCUUUUUGUGUGGAUGGUUGCAACCUUUAGCCUGCUGUCCCUGCGGACCCGGCCGCCUCGUCUCAUUCAGGGAUUUAGUUCGUUUCCUCUUAGUCCAGCGCCGUGUUGCUUCUACUGAAGCCGGGUCCGCGGCGCCGUACACCAGCCGACCGGACCGCGCUCCACCAGCGGACGGCAGCAACGCAUUUUUAUUUUAAGAAUCUUGUUUCUGGAAGCACUGCUCAUGUUUCUGUUCUAGUGGUGCCGUUUGUAUUCGCUGUUUCUACCACGAUGUUUCUGUAGCUUCUUUUUUGGCAGCCAUUUUUAAAGUGGAACUUUAAGACCUGUAGAAUUUUUCUUUUUAUAAUAAAAUUUUGUAUAUUGACUAUGA